AUGCCCAUGAAAACCGAAGAAGUCACAACGUACGAAGAUUUCCAAGCGAAACUAGCGCAUGGAAAACCCAUAGCUGUAUUCCUUUUCUGGACAGAAUGCGGGUAUUGCGACGACAUUGCCCCAUUCUUCGAAGAACAGUUCCUGCAUGACAAUCAUAAACACAUAGAGUUUUUCCGAGUGGAUAAGGAAUCGGACCUUGGCAGGAAAUUUCGCGCAGACUAUAGUAUUAAGGCAUACCCACGUUUCCUCGUCUUCAAUACUCCAAAUAUAUCUGGGGUCAGUGUAGUCCCGGGCCGCCGUAUCCACGGGGAUAAUGUUAUAAUCAUUGAAAAGGGAGGAGACAAACAGACUCUCUUGUCCGAAACACUCGCUCACUGCUCUGGAUGA